AUGAAGUUACUUCUUUGGGCCUGCAUCAUGUGUGUCGCUUUUGCAAAGAGGAAACGUUAUCCCUUCAUUCACAAGAAAUCGCCCUCAUCCACUGAAGAGGAUUACUUUGGAAAUCGCUACCCACUUAAACCAUCUCUGAAUAUCCCGUAUGGCCUAUGGAAUGAUAAUUUGCCACCUUUUGUUUUGCCUCCUCUUAACACUCAACAAGGAAACGCCAUUACCAAAUUCUCCGGAAAUUCUGAGCUUGAAAGAGGGCUAUCUCUAUAUCCUUGGAUUCCCACUUCUCCCAAAUUUCGCUAUAUAUACCAAAACUAUAACUACCCCGCAGAUGCUCCACUGAAUGGUCCUGCAAUUGUUCCUCUUCCUGCUCCCCGACCCUUUCCUGCCAGGCCAUAUCCCUUUGUCAUCCCUCCAAAGAUUUCUGUCAUCUCACCCAUUGGACAUGAGCCUGUAGCAGCUUCUGCUGUGCCUGCUGAAGGCGAGGCUUUGGUACCUGAGUUCCCUGUAGAUAAACAUAUUGCAGGUCUGCCUCCGGCGAUCAAACUUGCAACACCCAUGCUACCCUCUGAACCCAAAUCUCUUGCACCUGAGCCUGCUCCAGCCCACUUUGCUGCACCCGAGCCUGUCCCAGUCCAUUUUCUUGCACCGGAACCUCCUCAUCCCCAGCCAGAGAUGGCUGUGCCUGCCGCACCCCACCCCAUGGCACCUGAACCCGCUGUAGCCCUAUCUAUGGGAGCACAGUCUCUAGAAGCUGAAACCCCUGCAGGCCAGUCUCCUGAGAACAAACCUACUUCAGGUGAGCUUCCUGUAGCACAGUCUCUGCCGACCUUGCCUGCUGCAGGCCAACCUCCUCCGGAUGAACUCAUGGCAAGCCAGUCUCUUGUGGGAAAACUUAUUACAUCUGAGCCUACUGAAGCAAAACAGGAGGGACCUGAACCUUUUGAGGCCAAAUCUGCUAGCCACGAACCACAGCCGUUUUCUACCAGUGAAUAUGACCUGACUACCCUGCAACGAUACUCAUCCCUUUCGGAACAAGCUCCUCUAAAGCGGAAGGAGACUGAAAUGAGGAGGAAGGCUGACCAUCUGAAUGCUCGUGAGCAGACAGACCUUAGGCUCGGAGGUGAGGCCAUACGCUGCCAUGGCAACGUCCUGGACCUUGAGGUUUUAGGCUGCAACCACUGCAACGAAGGUCCGAAGGUCCGGGCUGUCACUUUCUCACAUUGGGUGUAG